AUGAAAUGGAUAGUCGUGAUUGUUCAUCUAAUUGCACUUUUUGAAAGCAAGAAAUUGACAAUCGAAGAAAAUGAGCAACGACUGAAAGAGUGUGGAUUGACAACUACAAACAAAAUAUUUCGUGGCGCGAAGACUACGGUAGAUCAAGCACCAUGGGCUUUAUUUGUGGGGUCGUCCGUUUCUAGUUGUUCUGGAACUCUGAUAUCUCCUAGACACGUACUUUCGGCCACUCAUUGUAUUGCUAAUCAUAGUGACAUCGAAUGGACGAAAAGUCGGAUUAACUUUGAAUUUGAUAGGGAACUGUGCACGGAGAAUGAAAACUACAUUGUGACCGAAGUGAAAGCCAGCAAAGUCUACGUCAUGAAUCGAAAUUAUACUGAAAUCGGAAGAGCUAAAUUUAUUUUCCUUCUGAAAUUCUGUCGUCGAAUCACAGAUAAAGAAGCAUUUCAAAUACAGUAUCCGGAUGACUUCAUGAUUAUUGAAUUGGCUGAAGACGUGGAAUAUACAACGAAUGUUCAGCCGGCUUGUAUUGCAGAUGACAUCGAGGACAAUCCACCAGAGACGAUAGCUCGUUUCUUUGGAUACGGGGAUGAUCCUCCACCGGGUGUGGUUAAAACUCCGGAGAACUCGAAAAAAGGAACAGACAGACCCCUUUUGACACAGGAGAUUCGAAUUCUUCCAGUGAACGUGGAGGGAACACUGAAUAGAAUGGAUCCAAGAUUGUUUAAAGCCAGAAGUCAAUCCAUGAAAUCUAUAACUUGUCCGGGAGACUCUGGGGGCGGAGCUAUUCGAGUGAUAAACGGAAGGAAUACUGUAAUUGGAGUUACUAGCCAAAGCACGUGUGUAUCGUUGAAUCGAGAGGAGAAUGGUCAUGAAAUCUACGGAGCUGUUGGAUUCUAUUCGGAAGAGAUUUGUGAGCUAACUGGUGUCUGCAAUUUGGAUUCGGAUGAGAACUCGAGUCAUUCAAGAUUUGAAAUAUUUGAUCUGAUUACUCUAACUCUGAUUACUUUUUGGUUUGUACUUCAAUGA